AGACUGGGCCGGCUGUGGUCAGUGACAAAUGCUGGCUGCAGUCCAGCCAGCCCUCUGCCCUUUCCUGAGCCUGAGGGACUGCCACCUCCACUGUGUGCACGCUCGGCUGCAGGAGACAAACAAAGGACAGCCACCAUGCAGCUCUUCCUCUUCUUGUGCCUGCUGCUUCUCAGCCCUCCGGGGGCCUCCCUCUACCGCCAUCACUCCCGGGAGAUGAAGUAUAGAGUCAAGGACCUCCAUGUAAGUGACAUGGUGGCCCCCAGCAGCAGAAAGGACUUUACCUUUGACCUUUACAGGGCCUUGGCUGCCACUGCCCCCAGCCAGAACGUCUUCUUCUCCCCUGUGAGUGUCUCCAUGAGCCUGGCCAUGCUCUCCCUUGGGGCUGGGUCCAGCACCAAGACACAGAUCCUGGAGGGCCUGGGCCUCAACCUGCAGGAAGGCUCAGAGGAGGAGCUACACAGAGGCUUCCAACAGCUCCUGCAGGAGCUCAACCAGCCCAGAGAUGGCUUCCAGCUGAGCCUUGGCAACGCCCUGUUCACAGACCCAGUGGUGGACGUGCGGGACACCUUCAUGAGUGCCAUGAAGACGAUGUACCUGGCAGACACUUUCCCCACUAACUUUGGGGACUCUGUGGGGGCCCUGAAACAGAUCAAUGACUAUGUGGCAAAACAAACAAAGGGCAAGAUUGUGGACUUGCUUAAGAACCUCGACAGCGACGCAGUCAUGGUCAUGGUGAAUUACAUCUUCUUUAAAGCUAAGUGGGAGACAAGUUUCAACCACAAAAACACUCAAGAGCAAGACUUCUAUGUGACCUCGGAGACUGUGGUGCGGGUACCCAUGAUGAGCCAUGAGGAUCACUAUCACUACUUCCUGGACCGGAACCUCUCCUGCAGGGUGGUGGGGGUCCCCUACCAAGGCAAUGCCACAGCUUUGUUCAUUCUCCCCAGCGAGGGAAAGAUGCAGCAGGUGGAGAAUGGACUGAGUGAGAAAACGCUGAGGAAGUGGUUUAAGAUGUUCAGAAAGAGGCAGCUCGAGCUUUACCUUCCCAAAUUCUCCAUUGAGGGCUCCUAUCAGCUGGAGAAAGUCCUCCCCAAGCUAGGGAUCAGUGAUGUCUUCACAUCCCAUGCUGACCUGUCCGGCCUCAGCAACCACUCAAACAUCCAGGUGUCUGAGAUGGUGCACAAAGCUAUGGUGGAGGUGGAUGAGUCUGGGACCAGAGCGGCAGCAGCCACUGGGACAAUCUUCAUGUUCAGGUCGGCCCACGUGGGUUCUCAGAGGCUAGUGUUCAACAGGCCCUUUCUGAUGCUCAUUGUGGAGAACAAUAUCCUCUUCCUCGGCAAAGUGAACCGCCCCUGAGUGGGGCUUCUUCUGAAAUCUACAGGCCUCGGGUGGGACAUGAAGGUGGGUGUGCUAUGGCCCGUCCGUAUGCUGGUAGCUAGUGAUUUACACUGGUUUAGUUGACUAAUGAGGCAUUACAAACAAUAAAAUUACUAAAUAAGAUUGCUUCCACCCACACAACCACAAGAUACAGGUGCCUUGGGGAAAUUUGGAGAACAUUCAGUCUUGCCCUCACAAUUUAUCAAGAAAGAUUAGCACUGAGAUCCAGAGAGGCUGGUUGACAUGCUCAAGUUCACCAGCAUGUUAGUGGAGGAGACAGGUCCAGAGUCCAGGCCCUUGAUGCCCAGCUCAGUGCCACAAAGCUCAGGAGGAGGGUUCCAGUGGGCGAGGGCCACCAGGAAGCACACGUCCAAGCCUGGUCCCCCACCUAUCAGCAACAGUAACUGUCAGUUCAUCCUGCAUGAGAAAAAUACUGGGAUGGGAGUCUGAAAUGGGGCUACUCUUUUGGCCCUAACCUGCUGUGUGACAUUGGGGCAACAUUUUUUCUCUCUGGACCUCAGUUUCCCUCUGUAUACAAGGAUCAGACACUUGCUGCGAUCCAAGGACUCCUGAAAUCAUAUAGAAAGGCUGAGGUGUGCCCUGUCAAUCAUGGUUGAUUUCAAAACACUCAAGAGCCAUUCAUCCUGUAAGACAAACAUCUGGAUAUUAGGGUGGAAAUGGCCCAUUUGAUGAUUGAUUAUAUCAUCUUGUGGAUAUGGUUAUAAUCUUAUGGGCCUGGAUGGGAGUGGAAGAAGGGAAGCCUGUUGCAAAGAGUAGAGUAUCAGUUGCAGGUGUCAAUGACUAACUUUUUGAAUUUUACAUUGGCAUUAACAAUAAAGCAUUUUGCAAACAC